AUGGGUAAAGAAAAAACUCACGUUAACGUCGUUGUUAUUGGUCACGUCGAUUCAGGUAAAUCAACCACCACUGGUCAUUUAAUCUAUAAAUGUGGUGGUAUCGAUAAAAGAACCAUUGAAAAAUUCGAAAAAGAAGCUGCUGAGUUAGGUAAAGGUUCAUUCAAAUAUGCUUGGGUUUUAGAUAAAUUAAAGGCUGAAAGAGAAAGAGGUAUUACCAUUGAUAUUGCUUUAUGGAAAUUCGAAACUCCAAAAUACCACGUUACUGUUAUUGAUGCUCCAGGUCACAGAGAUUUCAUUAAAAAUAUGAUUACUGGUACUUCACAAGCUGAUUGUGCUAUUUUAAUUAUUGCUGGUGGUACUGGUGAAUUCGAAGCUGGUAUUUCAAAAGAUGGUCAAACCAGAGAACAUGCUUUAUUAGCUUAUACCUUAGGUGUUAAACAAUUAAUUGUUGCUGUCAACAAAAUGGACUCAGUUAAAUGGGAUAAAAACAGAUUUGAAGAAAUUAUCAAAGAAACCUCAAACUUCGUUAAAAAAGUUGGUUACAAUCCAAAAUCUGUUCCGUUCGUUCCAAUCUCAGGUUGGAAUGGUGAUAACAUGAUUGAACCUUCAACCAACUGUCCAUGGUACAAAGGUUGGGAAAAAGAAACCAAAGCUGGUAAAUCAACUGGUAAAACUUUAUUAGAAGCUAUUGAUGCUAUUGAACCACCAAGCAGACCAACUGAUAAACCAUUAAGAUUACCAUUACAAGAUGUUUAUAAAAUUGGUGGUAUUGGUACUGUUCCAGUCGGUAGAGUUGAAACCGGUAUCAUUAAAGCUGGUAUGGUUGUCACUUUUGCUCCAGCUGGUGUUACUACUGAAGUUAAAUCAGUUGAAAUGCAUCACGAACAAUUAGCUGAAGGUGUCCCAGGUGACAAUGUUGGUUUCAAUGUUAAAAACGUUUCAGUUAAAGAAAUUAGAAGAGGUAACGUUUGUGGUGACUCUAAAAAUGAUCCACCAAAAGGUGCUGAAUCUUUUAAUGCUCAAGUUAUUGUCUUAAACCAUCCAGGUCAAAUUUCAGCUGGUUACUCUCCAGUCUUAGAUUGUCAUACUGCUCAUAUUGCUUGUAAAUUUGACACUUUAAUUGAAAAAAUUGAUAGAAGAACUGGUAAAAAAUUAGAAGAAAAUCCAAAAUUCAUUAAAUCAGGUGAUGCUGCUAUUGUUAAAAUGGUUCCAACCAAACCAAUGUGUGUUGAAGCUUUCACUGAUUACCCACCAUUAGGUAGAUUUGCUGUUAGAGAUAUGAGACAAACUGUUGCAGUUGGUGUUAUCAAAUCAGUUGAAAAAUCAGAUAAAGCUGGUAAAGUUACCAAAGCUGCUCAAAAAGCUGCUAAAAAAUAA